UACAAAUUUUGCUGUUUGGAUUUGUGAAUGUCUUUCUUCCACUCAAUAUGAAUCUCGAGCUCUUAGAGUCGUUUGGCCAGAAUUACCCAGAGGAGUUUGAUGGGGCCUUGGACUGCGCAUCACUAGCUGGUACUUGUGCUUUUAAUAGACGAGGCACUCUGCUAGCUGUGGGGUGCAAUGAUGGCCGAAUUGUUAUAUGGGAUUUCUUGACCCGCGGCAUUGCAAAGGUCAUCAGCGCUCAUGUUCAUCCAGUUUGUUCUUUAAGUUGGUCAAGAGGCGGCUACAAGCUACUGAGUGUUUCUACCGACAAUAAUGUCUGCAUAUGGGACGUCCUGAGUGGGGAGUGUGAUAUCAAAUACAGAUUUCCCUCGCCUGUUAUGAAGGCCCAAUUUCAUCCUCGUAAUGACAAGAUUUUCCUAGUUUGCCCCAUGAGACAUCCGGCAGUGCUUGUCAAUGUUGAUGCCUCGCACAAAAUUGUUCCAAUGGACGAUGAGGGAGAUGUCAACAUUGUUGCCUCCUUCGACCGUCGGGGAGAGUACAUAUACACAGGCAACAGCAGAGGGAAGCUGCUCAUCCUCUCUUGCCCAGAGUUGGAGGUCAAAACGUCAUUCAGGAUUGGCCAAGGAACCACAAGUGCGGCUGCCAUCAAGAGUAUUGAAUUUGCGCGCAGAACAGAGUUUUUCCUUGUGAAUUCCGCAGACCGUGUCAUUCGUGUUUAUGAUGCAAAGAAAGUCCUGAGGUGUGGCAAAGAUGACGAUCCGGAACCUAUACAGAAAUUACAGGAUUUAGUUAACAAAACCAUGUGGAAGAAAUGCUGCUUCUCGGGAGAUGGCGAAUAUAUCUGUGCAGGCUCCGCUAGACAGCACUCCCUGUACAUAUGGGAGCGCAGCGUGGGAAACCUGGUUAAGAUCUUGCACGGCACUAAGGGAGAAAUGCUUCUUGAUGUUGUGUGGCAUCCAGUGCGACCAAUCUUGGCCUCCAUCAGCUCUGGGGUGGUAUCUGUGUGGUCGCAGAACCAGGUGGAAAACUGGUCAGCCUUUGCCCCUGACUUCAAGGAGCUCGAUGAGAAUGUAGAGUAUGAGGAGAGGGAGUCAGAAUUCGACCAGAGCGACGAGGACAAAAGCGUUGAGAUGAGCCAGGAAAAGAAGGAAGAGGAUAUUGAGGUGGAUGUCACAGCGAUAGAACCAGUAGCAGCCUUUUGCAGCUCAGAUGAGGAAGACGACAGCAGCACCCUCCUGUACCUCCCAAUCUCACCGGAGAUCGAAGAGCCCGAGGAAGGUUGGGGACCAGAGGGGGCACCUAAUGAGGACCUAAACAGUAAGCGCUCGGGUGACAGCAAGGAGAAUGUAUCCCCGAAGAAGAAGAGACCCAAGACCUUCGACGUUUCCCUAGAGAAUGCACCCACAGAUGAAGUACACCCCUUGGCAAGCAACAGACCGAAGGACAAGCAAAUGGCAGGGAAUAAGAAGGGAAGAAAUAACUCAAAAGGAGACUCCAAGAAGGAUAGAAAAAAACAUUAGGAUAACUUUUUUGCGUAAUUGAUUUUUUUUUUUUUUUUUUUUUUUUUUUUUUUUUUUUUUUUUUUUUUUUUUUACACUUGUACUAUAAGUUUCUAUAAAUUUUAUUUUUCUUCUUAGCAGGGGUAAAUAUUUUCCAUGAAGUGCAAAUAAACAGAAACAUUAAUACUAUUACUUCUCUGAAUAUUUUGUUCCCUUUCUACAGUUUUGUAAAUGUGUAUAUAAUCUUUCCUUUUUUUCAUAAUUGCCGAUGAGAAAAUGGGAAAAACUUCAGAAAUUGUCUAUACUGUCAAGUCAUUUUCCUAAACUAUUCUUAAUGUAAAUGUUUCAAUUCACAUAAACAAUUUUUUUCUUCUUCUUUCAUACUCUUAUUUUCAUUUCCAUUUUGUCUUUAUAGUCACAGGAGGGAAUAUAAAAUUCCUAGAAGUAAAUAAAAACAAACAGAAGAGACCAUUCACAGCCACAGCAACUGUAUGUAUUAGAUUUAAGACAACAGAAUUACAGGAAUAACUGGUAGAAUUCAGGUUUCUCGUCACUUUUAAUUAUCCUUUUAUACCAGGAAAUACAAACGACCGGUGUCAUAGUCAAUGCCAAGAGUUCUAGUCACUGUACCUGAAUCAACCCGACUAGAAAGCCUUGGCAAUUGUGAAAUAAAAAAAUGCAGUCGUAGGGUAAGCUUGCCAAGAGUGAAUGCUGUGUACAUUUCGUCUAUUCUCUGUAGGUAAUGCAGAUCAUUUUAAUACAAUAUGGAAAGAA